AUGUCGACAACCCCAGACGGCAAGGAGAGGAAGCGCAAGGCCUUGGUCAUUGGCGCUGGGCCAGUGGGCUCACUCACCGCGCUGAGCCUGCACAAGCGCGGCUGGUCGGUUGAGGUAUGGGACACUCGUGACGACCCUCGCGGCCGCGAGAUUGCAGUCAACAAUCUCCGGAGUAUCAACCUCAACAUCUCGGCGCGAGGCUAUGCUGCCGUCUCCUCGGUCGACCCCGAAUUUGCAGACGCGUUGCUGCGCGAGUCGAUCCCCAUGCCCAGUCGGCUGAUUCAUCACCUUGACGGCCGAUGCGAGGCGCAGCUGUACGACCCGCUAAGGGGGAACUGCUCCAACUCUAUCCACCGCGGUCUGCUCAACCAGAGGAUGGUCGAGGCCCUCCCAGCUGGUGUUGAGGUCCGGUUUAAUACCAAGCUCGCGCGCGUCGAGUUUGAGCAACGUACGGCCCACGGCGUGCGGACCAAACGGGGAGAGCCGACCCUGUUAGACAGUCCGCCUGAGACGCCCCAGAUCCCGGUGUUGGCCAGGGCGGAGAAGGUAGACGCUGAGUUUGACCUCGUUAUCGGCGCGGAUGGGAGCUGGAGCAAGGUCCGGCAGGAGAUGAUGCGCGCUGAGCGCAUUGACUUCUCGCAGAGCUUUAUCCCGCACGCGUACAUCGAGCUGCACAUGGCUGCGGACCCGAGCAAACCCGGCGGCUUCUCAAUGCCCCCGAACCACUUGCACAUCUGGCCGCGGCACAAAUUUAUGCUCAUUGCGUUACCGAACAAGGACGGUUCGUUCACCCUCACCCUCUUCAUCCCCUUCGAUGAGCUACACGAAGUCUCGACGCGCGACGAGGCCCGUGCGUUCUUCCAGAAGCACUUCUGUGACGCGUGGGACAUUGUCGGCGAGAAGCUUGUCGAUGACUUUAUGGAGCACCCGCGCGGCAACCUCGUCACAAUCAGCGUGACGCCAAGCACGUACUCGAGCCACGCGGUGUUGAUGGGUGACGCGUGCCACUCAAUGGUUCCCUUCUACGGCCAGGGCCUCAACUGUGGCCUCGAGGACGUCCGCAUCCUCGGAACCUACCUCGACCGCUUCUCCAUCUCCCCCACAACGCCUCUCCCUCCUGGAGCGACCGACGCGAAUCUUGAAGCCGCUCUCACCGCGUACUCGACCGAACGGGCCACGGACCUAGCGGCGAUUUGCGACCUCGCUCUGGCGAAUUACACUGAGAUGCGUUCCUCCGUCCUCAACCCGCUGUACCACCUCCGCCGGGCGGUCGACUACGUCUUGACCCGCAUAUACCCUUCAACGCCCCGCGACAUUUCGCCAGGAGUGGCCUUCCCCACCCCAGAGGUGAAGGGUUGGACGGCCCUGUACGACAUGGUCACGUUCCGACCAGACAUUCCGUAUGCCGAGGCGGCCCGCCGCGAGGCGUGGCAGAAGAAGGUCGUGGCGAAUGCGGCGGUUACGAGUGGUAUUGUGGGUGCCGUGGGGGUUGGCGUGCUCGCGCUCAAGGUUGUGCGGCCGUGGUUGGAGCGGAGGUAG